AUUAUUUAUAGAUAAUUUCCCGGCCACACUCUCUAUUUUCUGCGCAAUUCUUUUCGUAUAAUUUGAUUAAACAUAAAUAAAUAAACCCCUCGGCGAGUAUAUAAACCCGUGAAUGCGCCCCGUCUUCCGCCAAAGAUCGGCGGAGCAAGUGGUACGGUUUUUAUUCUGGCCCGACCGCGUUUCAGGCGGCCAGGCGGCGUGUUUUCCGCGAGUUCUUUUUAACCGUAUUCGGGAAAUGGGCCGCGAUCCGUAGGCGGAAAACGUGGAGAGGAGGAACGAGGAUCGCGGAACGGGCUAAGAAAAGCGGCAAGGCGUCGAGGAGGAGAGCGAGGAAGUGCGAAAAGCGUUUGGGGUUAUGUGCUAGAGUCCCCGCGGGGGGAUUUUCAGCUGCUUGGAUCCGCGACAGAGACGUAAUCGUUCCGGGAAAUCGCUCGCACCGCCCAGCACCCGCUCGCCACCGACAGAGGCGAGGAGAAAACAGAAGAAAACACGCAAAACAUGGCAAGUGCCGUUCGCGCUAAGUCCGCCUCUGCCGCCGUCGGCGUCGCAGACGACGAGAGCAGCGGCGGCGGCAGCGGCAGCAACGGCAGUGUCGCGGAGCAGGGGGUGUCCUCCAGCCAGGCGGAGGCCGAGUCGUUGGCCGCCCUGCGCUCCCUCAUCCGCAAGAGGCGCGAAAAGUACGUAACCGAUAGAUGGAACGACCCACUGCUCUUGAUAACGGAGAAGCUGGAGCAAAUCGAACUCUGCCAGUCCACCUCGGAGGAGCACUUGGCCACCACCGCCGGCACCGCCCGUCGCGAGCCCUCACAGGAGGACCUAGUAUAUGCACUGCGGGAGUUGGUCAGGAACAUAAAGCCGGACGACCACUCGCUCCUCCUGAUCGUCAAGCACAUUGAGCAAAUAUCCGACAUACUGGCCUCCGAUGGCCAGGAGCAGGCCUCGCUCAGCUGUCUGCGGGACCUGAUCAAGACCAUAAGGAAGGAGUGGCCGCGGGACGAGAAGCAAGUUCACCUCCUGUUGAUGAAAAUCCAGAGCCUACAGAUCUGCUUCGGGGAGCGACUGCGGGACGAGAGGUGCCCGCUCUCCCUGCAAACCAAGAGGCACGUGGAGCGCAUCCAGGCCAUGAUGUUCGAGCGGCAGCCCUGGCGCAUCCGCGAGCGCAUGAAGACGGCCAGCGUGGCCCUGGUCCUGUGCCUCAACAUCGGCGUGGAUCCGCCCGACGUGGUCAAGAUCCAGCCCUGUUCCCGGCUAGAGUGCUGGAUAGACCCCAGCUCGGUGUCGCCGCCCAAGGCCAUGGAACUUAUUGGGAGCAACCUGCAGAUGCAGUACGAGCGCUGGCAGCCGAGGGCCAGGUACAAGAAGUGCCACGAUCCCACCGUGGAGGACGUCAAGAAGCUGUGCACCUCCCUCAGGAGGAACGCCAAGGGAGAGCGAAUACUAUUCCACUACAACGGCCACGGGGUGCCCAAGCCGACGGCCAAUGGGGAGAUCUGGGUGUUCAACAAGACAUUCACGCAGUACAUACCGCUGAGCAUCUUCGAGCUGAUCACCUGGAUGUCGGCGCCCUCGAUCUACGUGUACGAUUGCUCCAACGCCGGGAUCAUCAUCAACUCCUUUCAGCCCUAUGCCGAGCAGCACGAGCACGAGUUGGAGAAGGCGCUGGCCGCCGCCCUGCAAAGAGGUGGGGUACAGCAGCUGGUGUGCGGCUCGGGCGGCGCCGCCAAUGUGACUGGCAACCAGGUGCAGCUGCCCAACCAGAUGGUCAGCUACAAGAACUGCAUACACCUGGCCGCCUGUGCGGCCAACGAGAUUCUGCCCAUGAAUGCCCAGCUGCCGGCGGAUCUGUUUACCAGCUGCCUUACCACACCCAUAAACAUAGCGCUCAAGUGGUACGCCAUGCAGGAGAAGCUGGGCAUGGUGCCGCGCAUCCAAAGCGAGCUGAUCGACAAGAUACCUGGCAAGGUCAACGAUCGGCGCACCAUGAUGGGCGAGCUCAACUGGAUUUUCACCGCCAUCACGGACACGAUAGCCUGGAACACGCUGCCGCGCGAGCUGUUCCAGCGCCUCUUUCGCCAGGAUCUGCUGGUGGCCAGCCUGUUCCGCAAUUUCCUGUUGGCCGAGCGUAUCCUGCGCAGCCACGAUUGCACUCCCGUCUCGCUGCCCGCCCUGCCGCCUUGCUAUCGCCAUCCGAUGUGGAAGGCCUGGGACCUGGUCGUGGACCUGGCCCUGCAGCAGUUGCCCGAGAUCCUAGAUCACAACGCCCCGUACCGGCAGCUGCCGUUCUUCGAGCACCAGCUCACGGCCUUCCAGGUUUGGCUGGACAGUGAGUCGGAGUCGAGAACGCCGCCGGAGCAGCUGCCCAUUGUGCUGCAAGUGCUCCUGUCGCAGGUGCACCGACUGAGGGCGCUUGAGCUGCUGGCCCGCUUCUUGGACCUUGGUCCGUGGGCCGUAAAUCUCGCCCUAGGCGUGGGCAUCUUCCCGUAUGUGCUCAAGCUGCUGCAGAGUUCAACGCGCGAGCUGCGUCCCGUUUUGGUGUUCAUUUGGGCCAAGAUCCUGGCCGUGGACCCCAGCUGCCAGGUGGAUCUGGUCAAGGAGUACAAAUACUUCCUGUCCGUGCUGCAGGACACAUCCGUCUCCAAGGAGCACCGCACGCUCUCCGCCUUUGUACUGUCCUCCAUUGUGCACAAUUUCCUGCUGGGCCAGACGAGUGCCCUGCAAGGUCCCCUGCUUUCCAUUUGCCUGGAGCAGCUCAACGACGGAAGCUGGCUGCUGCGCCAGUGGCUGGCCAUCUGCCUGGGCAUGCUGUGGCAGAACUUCGAGAAGGCACGCUGGUCGGGAGCCCGCGAUCUGGCGCACGAGAAGCUGUAUGUCCUGCUGCGGGACUCGAUUCCGGAAGUGAGGGCCGCUGCCGUCUUCGCCUUGGGCACAUUUAUCAGCUCCGUGACGGACCGCAGCGAGGAGCAGGCUAAUAACAUCGAUCGCAUCAUUGCCAUCACCAUGCUAGAGACCGUGGGCGAGGAUAUGUCGCCGCUGGUGCGCAUGGAGCUGGCCGCCGCCCUGCAAUGGAUGGUGUUGCUCUUCGAGUCGCAGUUCGUGGCCGUCUAUUUGGCGGAGCAUAUGCGCGGCCACGCCUCCGCCGCCUCGUUUGUGAUGUGCGGCGAUCCGCGGGAUCUGACCUCUUCCACGCACAGCCUGGAGCGUCAUGUGACCAUUCGAAGGGGAGCCAGCUCCAGCUCCAUAUCCAACAUGGGCGGUGUUUCAACCACCUCGGGAGCCGGCUCGUCCGGCAACAGCUUGGGUCGCUCGAAGAGUGGGUCUGGCAGUUCGGGCGGACGAGGAGCCGCCGGAGCUGCGGGAGGCACUAACAGCAUACCCUUCCAGUCGAUCUUCACCAAACUGUGGCUGGGCAUCUGCAAUCUGGCCCAGGAUCCCUUUCCCCGUGUGGCAGCCAUCGCCCAGGAGAUUGUGGACCAUGUGAGGGACACGGCACUUUGUCCCAUUAUGGCGGCGAAGGAGGCCACCAUGGCCACAGCCACGGAGAAGUGCAGCAGCCUGAGUGUAAGCCUGCCGCCCAGUCCGAACACGAGGGUUAAUUACCUGGGCGGCGGCGGAGGACCAGGAACUGGCGCAGCCGGAGAGUCCCCGCCCGUCGCAGCAACAGCCUCGGGCGCCAGUCACUGGGCCCAGAAGCUGCGACUUUCGGGCAGCGGCGGCGGCGUGGCUGGAGGAGAUCCCCAGACCAUCCUGCAGCGCAAGCUGCGCACCAGCUCCAUCAACGAUGAGACUGACAGCGGACCAGCCUACUCCAGGGGAGCCGGCCUGGGUCUGCCCAGCGGGCCGACGGAGAGCACCCACUCGGCGCGGAGCAGCGGCAGCGAGAGCAAUCAGUACUUGGAGCCCGGACACAGCCUCACGCCGAUCGUCCUGACCGAGUUUAUUCCCUGGGCCAUUUCCUAUUUCACGAGGCCUGGCAAGGAGCGCUACAGCAGUGCCGAGGGAGCAGCGGAAGAGGGGCGCCAGCGCCACCCAGUGGAUCGCAACUCCGCGGAGCUGCGGCGCAGGAGAGUGCGCUUCUUGCGGAACGAUUUCGUGCGCCGGCAUGCACGCCGCCAGCACCAGGAGCAGAGCGACCGAUUCGGCUACGAUGUGUGCGUGUGGAACCGGAAGACGCAGUUCACGCCCUCCAUCGUGAAGCUGCUGCCGUAUGAGCCGCAGAUUGCGGUGGCCUACCGCGAGAAGGUUUUGGUCUACGAUUUCCAGUACAAUUCGGUGCGCACCUACGGUGCAGAGGCUCUGGGAGGGGCCAACGCCACUAGCUCCAGCUCCGGAUAUGGAUCGGGUUCCGGAUCCUCCUCGUCGCUCAACGGCAGCACUCCGCGGAAGUCGGGCGCUCCCCCAGGAGGAGGAGGAGGAGGUGGAUCGUCCGCCGCCCCGUUUGCACGCGUUAGCAGCAUCGAGUUCAUCAAUGCCCAGGAUAUGGCACUCAAUCUGGUCGCCCACGAAGACGGAGUGGUGCGGGUCUGGCAAUCCUCGCCGCCGGCCAGCUCGGCCACCACCGAGGACUCUCCAAGCAAGGCCCGCUUGGUGACCGCCUGGACAGCCCUGGGCCAGGUCAAUCAGCACAGCUACCGCCAGCGCAGCGUGGCCUCCGGAGGAAGCAUUGGCAAGGGCGCGGACUCGUCUGGCCUCUCGAUGGGUGGCUCUGGCACAGGGAGCAUCGUGACCGCCUGGCAGCAGUGCAGCCAACAUUUGGUGAUAGGCGGCGGCGGCUGUCGAUUUAUACGCAUCUGGGACUUGGAGAGGGAGCUAAAGCUGGCGGAUAUUCCACUGGGCCGCAGUGAAACCUGCGCCCGGGUACUGGCACCCUACCUGCCCAACAUGCGGUCCGAUGUGAUCCUCGCCGGCUGUGACGACGGCAGUGUACAGCUGUUCGACAAGCGGUGCUCACCGCAGGACGCCCGGAUCUCCGUGUACCGGCGCCACAGUGCACCCAUCCUGCACGCCAGCUUGCGGGCCAGCGAAACGAUGCUGGUCUCCGGCUGCACCGAGGGCCGCAUCAGCGUGGCGGACUUGAGGGCGAGCCAGUUCCCCAGCAGCGUCAGCGAUGUGGUGCACGAGUGGGACGCAGGUGCCGACGUGACGGCCAUAGCCAGUCACCAGAUAGCCGACACGGUGGCCUGCGGCAAUGCCUCCAAAAUCGCGAUCUACUCCCUGGACGGGCGGGUGCAGAAGGUGCUGCGGACGAACGAGGGCUUCAUAGGGCCCAAGAUCGGCCAUCCCACCUGGCUGUCGUUCCACCCGUACAAGGUGCAGCUGGCGGUGGGCUUCGUGGACAAUAUGGUGGCCAUCUACAGCCCCACCCCAGUUCUAUAAGGGCUGUGGGAAGUGGAAAACUGACGUCGAUAAGAAUCCCGAAACCUUGGUCAACGCACGCAGGUUCCUUGCGGAGCCGCAGAUGCAGUCAGCAGUGGAGCAGAUACGGAGCAGCACCCGGCUGC